AUGGCGGAGGCCGGCGGCGGGGGCGGGGUUUGCGGACGCUGGGAUCUCGACGCUGGUCUGGCAGCUGCUUCGCUCCCUCUUGCGCCUCCCGUCCGGGGCGCGGCGUCCGAAGCGUCCCUUGGAGCGGACGGGAGCCGAAUCCAUGGCCGCCGUGCUGUCUUACGAGAGCCUGGUCCACGCCGUGGCAGGCGCUGUGUGGAUGAGAAGCGGAAAUCCAAGACAACACACACGGUGCUGAUGGAGAUCAUUAAAGAGGAAGGCCUCCUGGCACCGUACCGAGGGUGGUUUCCGGUUAUCUCCAGCCUUUGCUGCUCCAAUUUUGUCUAUUUCUACACUUUUAAUAGCCUCAAAGCUGUCUGGGUCAAAGGUCAACAUUCUACCACCGGAAAGGAUCUGGUCGUUGGAUUUGUGGCAGGUGUGGUGAAUGUGCUCCUGACCACUCCCCUGUGGGUGGUGAACACCCGCCUGAAGCUCCAGGGGGCCAAGUUCAGAAAUGAAGACAUCGUGCCCACCAAUUAUAAGGGCAUCCUGGACGCCUUCCAUCAAAUCAUGCGAGAUGAAGGGGUCUUGGCUCUGUGGAACGGCACUCUUCCCUCCCUACUGCUCGUCUUCAACCCGGCCAUUCAGUUCAUGUUCUAUGAAGGGCUCAAGAGACAACUCUUGAAGAAGCAGACACAGCUUUCCUCUCUGAACGUGUUUGUCAUUGGGGCCAUCGCCAAGGCCAUCGCUACCACAGUGACCUACCCAAUGCAGACGGUGCAGUCCAUUCUGAGGUUUGGAGGCCAUAGGCUGAACCCUGAAAACAGAACAUUAGGAAGUCUUCGCAAUGUCCUUUACCUCCUUCACCAGCGAGUAAGGCGCUUUGGAGUGAUGGGACUUUACAAAGGCCUGGAGGCCAAGCUCCUGCAGACCGUGCUUACGGCUGCCCUCAUGUUCCUAGUCUAUGAGAAACUGACGGCGGCCACCUUCAUGGUCAUGAGGCUGAAGAACGGGCACAGGCGCUGAGAGGGAGGCCGGCACUGGAAGGGGCCAGGAGGAGCACGGCCAGGGACUUGGGAGAGAAAGCCCCGAGCCCUGCUGCCCUCGUCACUGGGGGACAUGCGGCCUGCAGGCCAGCCAGACUGCUGCCAGCUUGGUUAUGGUGGCCAGAUAGUCUUUGAGAACUAGAAGGUUUAUUAAAAUCUGCAAAUGAAAACAUUUCUAUUUGACAAGAGUUAGACUGGUUUUCUUGAGAAGGUGGCCCUGGUGUCUGCCCUCUUGGCCUUUAUCCUUCAGAUUUUCCUCCUUCAGGUUACUGGCGGGGCUCACUCUGUGGUCUUGUCACCUUUCGGCCACCGGACCAUGGCCACGUAGCCCUGCCAUUCCUUUGUCCUAUGCUCUUGAGGGGACAGGCUUUACUUGGCUCUGGUCUGUGUUCUGCUCCCAGGCAUUCCCAUGAUGCUCCCUGCCAGGACCCUUCCUGGGGGAGAAGGCCUGCACUUGGCUCCAUUCCGGUCGGGGCCUCCCAAAUGAGGAAACCCCUCCCAGUGUGGGCCAGCACCUCUCUGCCACUUCUUGUCUUAGGGGCUGCCUAGGGCAGGGAGAUAUUAAGAAGGUCACCCAGGCUUCCAGGUGGGGACCAAGGCCAGCUCUGUCCACUGGACCUUAUAAUGGAGAAACAUUGCAGCGAAUUCCACAGCAACUCCAUGUAUCAGGACUUCAGUGAUUCAGAUUCUGGGAGAAAAGAAGGCCUGAGGACUAGCCAGGAUAAAAGCGGGGCAUAUCGAUAGAGCACUUUAUGAUUGUCAAAUAAAGUCUUACCAAACA